GAAAUUUUAUUUUUGAACGAACAUUCUUCCGCAUAAUGUCUCUGUUUUUGGGAGAGACGAGACGAGGCACUCGUCAUAUUUUAAAAUGUUAAGAUUUGAUUCUUCAUCUCUUGUCCAUUUUCAGUGUCUCUCUAUCUGUCUCUAACCCCUUUAUAUAUGUGCACUCCUGGCCCAGCUGCUCUCUACACUCACAAAUUGCUCCUAUCGCAGCAUUUCUAGCUAGCGAAAGAAGAUGAGGGUAGACAUUCAGGAAAAGCUCCGGCUGGCUCUUGGCUCCGUAAAGGAUCAUGCAUCAGUCGGAAAGGCCAUGAUACACAAUCACCACGAUGGCUUUUCCGACAUAGAAAUUGCAGUCCUGCGCGCCACCGGCCAUGAUAAUUGCCCCGUCGACGACCAGCACAUGCAUGAAAUCCUCUUCCUUGUCUCUAACUCUCCCGGAUCCAUUCCUUUUCUUGCUGAACGAAUUUCUCGUCGUCUUUGCAAAACCAGAGACCGCAUGGUGGCCCUGAAAACCCUUGUUCUGAUCCAUCGCCUCCUGCGCGGAGGCAACCGUAGCUUCGAGAAACAGCUACGCGGCGCACAUGUAUCAGGCCAUCUCCAAAUGAGUACCCGUUGUUUUACCAAGAAUCCUGACCCUUCGGUUUGUUUCCUACACAAAUAUGCAGCAUACCUGGAAGAAAGGAUGGGCUGGCUCAUCAACCAAGCUGGCAAACUUGAACCCGUUAUGCCUAAAGGCUUGGAGUUUCGAUAUUAUGAAGAGAAGUCAAUCGGCAUGGUAUUUCGUAAAUUGCCCAAAUGUCAACUACUUCUAGAUAGGGUCCUAGAUUGUUCACCAUUGGAUAUCUUGCCUUCUGAUAACCUGGCUCAAGCAGCUAUGAGCAACACCUUGAAAGAGAGCUUUCAACUAUACUUGACACUUUGUGAAGGCGUUGCGGCUCUUGUUAACAUGUUCUUUGAUUUAACAAGGUCGGCGAGGGCUUUAGCCUGUGACAUACUCAAGAGGGCUUCCCAGCAAAGUCAAAAGCUUCAUGAUUUGUACGAGAAUUCCAAAAGGAUUAUUGAAAACAAGAACUUGGGGUACCCUUCUGUUCAAAUUAUCACCAUGGAGCAUGUUAUGUCAUUGGAACAAUGCUUGCCCUGUUCACAAAACCUCCAACGUCCGGCUAUCUCCCAUGGCUCUGUAUUCUGCAAGACUACUGGUGGUUCAGCUGUUCAUGUCUUGGGCUGUCUAUCAAAACCAACCAAAACCCAAGUGACAACAGCAGCGAAAGAAGGCAAAAUGAAUGAGAACAACAACAACGAUAUUAGUUCUUCUUCAAGUACUCUUUUCUCGUGCGCACUGGAGACCAAAAUAAGCAUGGUAUGGGUUGUGUUUGAUGAAGAUGAUCCCAACCAAUCACAAGGAUCAGUUGGCAAGACUCUUCAAUUGUAA